GAGUUCUUAGAGUAGCAGUUUUCUAAGAACAACUCAGAGUUGUUUUCCCUGUUUUUGAGAACAUGCGGAGAACACUGUUCUCCACUUAAAAAAGUGGUCCGUACAUUUUUAUAAUCCUCGUUUAUAACAGUUUUGCGCAAGUUGAAACCGGCAUCUCGCUCCUUCACGAUAAAGCUCUGCAACACCUCAUUUGAAACCGGCAUCUCGCUCCUCUCUACCGCUUCUCUCUACAAGAUUGCUCUGUAACGCUGCACUUCUCUCCUCUGCAUCCACACUCUUGCUCAGAUUUUUUCAAGCUCCAUCUGUUUAGGUUCUUGAAAAAUCAAGAUGGACAUAGAUUAGAGUGACAAAUCGUCUUCAUCGUCUAGUGAUUCAGAUGAAGCUUUUGAUGACCUUGUAGAUUGCAUGUAUUUGAAUUUGAUGCAGGAGAAUGAAGAUUCCUUUAAAUCCAAGGUACCAAAGAGAACUUCAGGGUUAACAGGUCAUGAGUAUGUUCAGAAAUUGUUGAAUGACCAUGCCGGUCGAUGUUUUGAUAUAUUACGAAUGGAUAGAGAAGUCUUUUUGAAAUUAUGUCGAAUAUUGAGAGAACAAAAAUUGUUGGAAGACAUACAUACAAUUUCGAUCGAGGAGUCAGUGGCAAUGUUUCUGUUCAUUAUAGGACAUAAUAUUCGUCGUGCAGUGGUAGCUGAACGAUUUCAACAUUCUGGAGAAACAGUUUUCAGACAUUUGAAAUACGUAUUGAGAGUAAUAUGUCACCUUGGGAAAUCCCUCAUACGUCCACCACAAAGCGAUGAUGUGCCUUCUCAUAUACUUCAUAAUCCUAAAUACUAUCCUUGGUUUAAGAAUUGCAUUGGAGCAAUUGAUGGAACACAUAUAAGUGCUUUUGCACCUGCCAGCAAACAAACUCCUUAUAGAGGAAGAAAGUCUAUAGUGACACAAAAUGUUAUGUGUGCUUGCUCAUUUGAUAUGCUAUUUACUUUCGUUUACGCGGGUUGGGAAGGAACGGCAAAUGACUCGAGAGUUUUUAUUGAUGCAAUUACUAGAGCUGUUGCACGAUUCCCGAUACUAACUGAUGGGAAAUACUAUGUAGUUGAUUCUGGUUACCCAUGCACAAAAUGAUUUCUGCCUUCGUAUCGUGGUCAAAGAUAUCAUCUACAAGAUUAUAUCGGCAACCGCGUGGUGCAAAGGAAUUAUUUAACUACCGGCAUUUAUCACUUCGCAAUGUCAUUGAACGUUGUUUUGGAGUACUAAAGGCUCAUUUUCCCAUUUUAAAGCUUAUGCCUUAUUAUAAGUUGGUUAGACAACGACUCAUAAUAACUACUUGUUGCACGAUUCACAAUUUCAUUCGUCAAAAUAUAUUAGAUGAUCGUUUUUUUAUGGAGUAUGCGGAAGAAGAUGUUAAUGUCACGAAUAGGGGGAAUGGUAAUAGUAGUAAUGUUGGUGUACUGAAUGCACUUAAUUUAUCUGAUGAUCGUGCAGCACAAAUGGGAACCCUUAGAACUCAUCUGACAAAUCUAAUGUGGGCAUCAUUCAGAGGCAAUGCUAGAUGAAGUUAUUUUUAUAAUUCUCUAAUUUUUGCUUUGAUUACUUAUUUGUGUAAUUCUUUAAUAUUUUGUUUUAGUUAUGUAUGACUAAAAUUAAUGUUUGUACAACUAAAAGUGCAUAUGACAUUUAAAGUAAUUAAUGUAACUCUUUUGUUGUAUUUAAAUUUAAUCAAAUUUUAAUUAAA